CGUGUCAGCUUUCUUUUCUAAGGCAGGUACUCUAGCAGCAAUCGGUGCUACUCACGUGCUCAAAAUGAAGGUCAUCUCUGUUUUGCUGUUUGUACUGGCUGCUGCCCAACUGGGAUACAGUCGUCCACAGGCUGGGCGCCCAGUGUCCAGUACCGCCCGUAACCCCAUUCCCGGCCUUCUUCGACAACCUAAAAUGGAUCUUUUAGGAAUCACGUGUGCAGCGUGUACGGUAAUUGCUGGUGUUACCGAUCAGCUGGCAGAAGUGCAUGGCGAAAGCUACGGAAAAGCUUUACAGCGUUUCUGUAAUGCCUUGCCGAGCCCGUACAGCGGAUUGUGCGGAGCAUUCCGCUUGAUUUUCGGUGUUCAGAUCACAAGCUCGUUAAAUAAAGGUGAAACACCGGAUACAACGUGUAUGGCGAUGAAGCUGUGCUCUGAACCGGCAAAUGGAGCCGGUAUGUGUCACCUUUAUCCAUCCAAGCAUGCCAAAGGAGCUUCUGCAGAGGAGGUUCGAGCUCAUGUCGAUCAGUUAAUCCGAGAACUUCCCGCGGCAACACGAGCAGUGGAUCCCCGUUUGAACAUUUGCGAUAUUCCCCUGUUGGGAAGCUUGAUUUGCGGCUAUCUUAAUGUAGAAGCUUUCGCCAUCAAUUUGCCGGCAGAUGACGAUGAUGAUGACGGAUUCAGCGACAAACGGACUUUGAGAGGUUCGGAUUGGCGAGGCAAAGACUGCUCCGAUCGCAAUGCAAACAUUUAUCCUGGCCGGAAGCCUUCAUUUGGCGAUAACGUUGCCGACACCAACUGCAACGGAAUUUAUGGCGUUGACCCAGGAAACAAUCGCCCGUUUGAGGAGGCAUUAUGUGAGAACUCACAAGCCAAAGGCGUUGUCGUUCUUGGAGAUUCCGUUGCCGCUAAUUUCCACGUACCCGGAGAAUGGUUUAAUGCCAGUUUAAUCAAUUCCGAUUUGUUCAAAAAUCUUACCUACAUGAUGGACAAUUCGUUAAAUUGGCCGCACACAUCUGUUUACACCGGUUUCGAGAAUGUAACCUGGUCCAUUAUCGAUGGAACCACGGAUUCCGUUUAUCUGCGCAUGCGAGAGCGAAAUCUGUGCAACCAUCGCGAUUAUCAAAAUUUAGGUGUGAACGGUGCUACAAUGAUGGAGGCCAACGGAUUCGCUCAAAAUCUCCGAAGAAAUUCUAAUAACGACAAAUCUUCUCUUGUAUUGUUUGCGUACAUCGGAAACGACGUGUGCGAUUACGAUGUCAAUAAUAUCCCACACUCUCUGGACCAAAUGACCACCGCGGCGGAAGCCCGUGUGGCGUUGGUGGAAACGCUGACCACUUUGGACCGGAAACUGGCGCCCGGCAGCCAUGUCGUCGUCAUCGGCGUCGCUGACGCGCGACCUUUCUUUGCCGGCAUUCAUGACCAGAUUCAUCCAUUUGGAUCACUGCGGCGCGAUGUGACAUAUAACGAUUUUUACACCUGGUUGUCCUGCCUGGAUAUUAAUCCUUGCCCAGGCUGGUUAACGCGCGACGACAGAAUCCAUAACUAUACUGCGCAGCGAGUUUCGGAACUCAAUGAGGCACUGGAGAAGACCGUGGCAGAGUACAAAAACCGAUUCCAGAAUCUAGAGCCAGUCUAUUUAGCCAAUCCAAUUUAUGAAGUUAUUGCUCGCCAGGAAGCUCUUGGUGGAAAAGGUUGGCAGUUGGUCGAAAAGUUUGAUGGCUUUCAUCCUAAUCAGAAAGGUCACAAGCUUUUGGCAGAAGUAGCCUGGGAUGCCAUGGAAAAGACUCAUCCGCAUGUUCUCGGACCAAUUAAUCCCAACAAUGAGCGUAUUCGCACACUUUUUGGUGAUCAAGGAGGCCAUAUUUAAGCGCUCUACGUCUUCGUCAAAAGCGAGUACAAUGUUUUUCUGAAAUAAGGAUCUCUGUUUGGAAGUACUACUCUAGUUGGGUUUAUUUAUUGCCACAGUUUUAGUUGCCGGUGUAUAUCGAUCAAUAAAAUACUGCAGAAGGAAUCAAGAAA